CGGGGACCGAGGCCGUCAAGACGCCCUCGGCCGGCCCACAGCCAGCGGAGCGGGCAGCGGUGAGUAAGCGGCGGCCGGCCGGGCCGGGCCACGCGGGCGGCGGCUGCUCGGGCAGGUCCGGGCAGGGCCGGGCGGGGAGCAGAGAACCGAGCCGGGACCCCGCGCCGCGGCCCGAGCGAGGACAGCGAGCGGCGGCCCCGCCUCCUCCCCGCCCUGCACCCGCCGCCCGCCGGUCGGCGCCCCGAGCUCCCAGCGGCGCCGGAGCCGCAGCCGCAGCAGCCGCCGGAGCCGCCGCCGGAAACCGGCCUGCGCCCGGCCGGAGGUCGAAGCCUGGUCCCGGCGGCGCCCUGAGCUGGGCCCGGUUCCCGCGCCGCUCAUGGCGGGGCCGCGGGGCGCGCUGCUGGCCUGGUGCCGCCGCCAGUGCGAGGGGUACCGCGGCGUGGACAUCCGCGACCUGAGCAGCUCCUUCCGGGACGGCCUGGCCUUCUGCGCCAUCCUGCACCGGCACCGGCCCGACCUGCUAGAUUUUGAUUCACUUUCCAAGGACAAUGUCUUGGAGAAUAACCGUUUGGCUUUUGAAGUGGCCGAGAAGGAGCUGGGGAUCCCCGCUCUCCUGGACCCCAGUGACAUGGUCUCCAUGAGUGUCCCUGACUGCCUCAGCAUCAUGACCUACGUGUCCCAGUAUUACAACCACUUCGCCAGCCCCGGCCAAGCUGGUGUCUCACCUCCCAGAAAGGCCCUGGCACCCUCCUCCCCGCCAUCCAAAGCACCUACUGCAGCAGAACCAGGAGAGAGGGGUCAGGGUGAGGAGCUCUCCGCGGACAGCCUGUCCGAGCAAGGUGCCCUCCGGACCCCCAGCAGCACGUGUGCAGCCUGCCAGCAGCAUGUCCACCUGGUGCAGCGCUACCUGGUGGAGGGCAAGCUUUACCACCGCCAUUGCUUCCGGUGUCAGCAGUGCUCCAGCACCCUGCUGCCCGGAGCUUACCGAAGUGGGCUUGAGGAGGGUACCUUCAUGUGUGCAGAGCGCUGCACCAGGCUAGGCCCUGGGGGGUGGUCAGGGGCCAAGCCUGGGCUCCCCGGGCAGCCAAAGCAGCAGCAACUUGCAGAAGAAGCCAAGGCUGUGGAGGGGGGCAGCCCCAGCCCUAGCGUGACUACAGGGCCUGAGGUGGACAUACCCAAGGCCAGCCCCGAGGCCCGGCCCCAGGUCCCCACCAAGCCCCAAGUUCCAGGCAAACUGCAGGAGCUGGGUAGCUCCCCGGCUGGCCGCCCCACGCCUGCCCCCAGGAAGGCCUCUGAGAACACGGCCCUGACGCCCCCGACGCCCCGGCCCCGGUCCAGUCUGCAGCAUGAGAAUUCGGGGGAGCACGGUGGCAGCAGCAGCCUGGUGAACGGAAGGCUGCACGAACCCCCUGUCCCCAAGCCAAGAGGGACGCCCAAGCUGUCAGAGAGGACGCCAGCCCCCAGGAAGGACCCCCCAUGGAUGGCACUGGUGCAGGCAGAGACAAAGAAGAAGCCUGCCCCCCUUCCCCCCAGCAGCAGCCCCGGGCCGCCGAGCAGGCAGGUGGGGAAUGGAGGCACAGAGGAGGUGGCCGGGCAGAGCCCACCAGCAGCAGGCCAGGAGCCCAAGGCCUACAACCCCUUUGAAGACGAGGAAGAGGAGCCCCCAGCCGCGCCCAGCCUGACCACAGGCCCUGCCCUGGCCUGCCCCGAGCCCACACCCAAGUCCCUGCACCCUUGGUAUGGCAUCACCCCCACCAGCAGCCCCAAGACAAAGAAGCGCCUUGCCCCCCCAGCGCCCAGUGCAUCCCCGCUUGCUCUCCACGCCUCCCGCCUCUCACACUCAGAGCCACCAUCAGCUACCCCAUCACCAGCCCUCAGUGUGGAGAGCCUGUCGUCAGAGAGCUCCAGCCAGACCCCCAGUGGGGACCUCCUGGAGCCACCAGCUGUGCCCAAGAGCUCCUCAGAGCCUGCAGUCCAUGCCCCAGGCACCCCUGGGACGUCUGCCAGCCUCUCUGCCAGCUCUUCCCUGGCCUCCUCUGGGGAGCUGGUGCAGCCCAGUGUGGACCAGACACCUCAAGCGAGCUCUGGCCUUGCCCCCAGUCCUAGGGGCAGCCUGGGUCCUCAGCCAGCCAAGCCCUGCAGUGGCACUGCCCCCACACCUCUCUUGUUAGUUGGAGACAAGAGCCCCGUGCCUUCUCCUGGAGCCUCAUCCCCACAGCUCCAGGUAAAGUCUUCCUGCAAGGAAAAUCCUUUUAACCGGAAGGCAUCACCCACCUCAUCCCCAGCUACAAAGAAGGCCACCAAAGGACCCAAGCCAGCAAGGCCGCCUGCCCCAGGACACGGCUUCCCACUCAUAAAGCGCAAGGUCCAGGCUGACCAGUACAUCCCUGAGGAGGACAUCCACGGAGAGAUGGACACCAUCGAGCGCCAGCUGGAUGCCCUGGAACACCGUGGGGUCCUGCUGGAGGAGAAGCUGCGUGGUGGAAUGACAGAGGGUCGUGAGGAUGACAUGCUGGUGGACUGGUUCAAGCUUAUUCAUGAGAAGCAUCUGCUGGUACGGCGGGAGUCUGAGCUCAUCUAUGUCUUCAAGCAACAGAACCUGGAGCAGCGCCAGGCUGAUGUGGAGUAUGAACUCCGGUGCCUUCUCAACAAGCCAGAGAAGGACUGGACAGAGGAGGACCGGGGCCGAGAGAAGGUGCUGAUGCAUGAGCUCGUGACCCUCAUUGAGCAGCGCAAUGCCAUUGUCAACUGCAUGGAUGAGGAUCGGCAGAGGGAGGAAGAGGAAGAUAAGAUGUUAGAGGCCAUGAUCAAGAAGAAAGAGUUCCAGAGGGAGGCUGAACCCGAAGGCAAGAAGAAGGGGAAGUUCAAGACCAUGAAGGUGCUGAAGCUGCUAGGAAACAAGCGUGAUGCUAAGAGCAAGACUCCCGGGAACAGAAGCUAACAACAGGGGGGGCCAGCGUGGGACCUCCCCCCUCCUGGCUCAGCCCCUGGGUUCGGCUUCGCUGGGGGCACCUUGCUUCCCUUCAGGAUCAGUUGAGAGGAAAGAUGACUUAAGGGGAGGGAGCCUGUGGGUGGCGGCCUCUCCCUCCUCAGGGUCCUCUGGCUGGUCUGGGCCAAAGAGUAUUCUUCCCUCUUCUCUGAGCUGCAGGCAGCUGUGGCUCAGCCCUGCCUAGUCGGGUUCUGCUGUUCCAGGCGCUGUGACCGACCCCAGGAGCAAGUAGGGUCCUGCGUCCAGGGAGCGCAGCAGCUGAGCACGCCUUGCCCUUGUCCUUACCAGGACGGCAACUCCUUGGUCCGUCUUCCCUUCUGUACCACACCCAGAUGGGAGUCUCAGCUGUCAGAGUUCCAGCCCGAAGGUCCUUCCACCCCGGGGUUGGCCCAUGGUCGCCCUCUGGCCUUGGUCUCUUGCCUCUAGGGCUUUCCCCGUGUCAGCAGGCCAGCAAGCAGGGCUCGGCGGCACUGACUUCUUGCUGCCCCAGCCUGGCUCCGAGUCCCUGUCUUCUUUUCCAGUGUGGGCGGCCCUGAAUCUUUCUCCUCACUCAGGAGCUCUAUUUAUGAAGUCUAAUUAAGUUUGAGUUCAUUACUGCAUCCCUGGACAUGAGGGCCUGACAGACAAACUCUCUGUCGGUCCCUCAAGGCUCUCGGUGGUGCUUCCCUCACCCUCCCUUGUUCUACAGAAACCUCACCUCCCAGGACCUGGGGCUGUGCCAGCCAGGCUUGGGUAGGCGGCACCGAGGGCCGAGUCCCCAGAGAGUGCUUCUGGAGGCAAGGCCAGUUGCCAUUCUGGUCUCUGAUCAUCAGCUGAGGUGGGAGUGCUUCACGGAGGUGCUAAUCCUGGUUCUUUAACACACUAUAGGCUGAUCAUUCGUUUAGACUGACACCCCACUCCCGCCUCCUACCCCACCAGGCUAGGUGGCCAUUGCUAGGCUGACCCCGCACACUUUCUCUUGUCCAUUCUCUCCUGACCUUUUCCCACCAUGUAACACUGGGAUGGCUGUGGGAGAGGGGGAGCCAAUGGGGACAACUGCCUUUCCCCCAGGAAAUGUGCCCAGCAGUUCUUGGUCGAAGCACUGUUGCUAUAAGCUACUUCUGGGGCAUCUCCAGGGCCCCCAUCCCUCAGCAUACCUCUGGGGCAAGAUCACACUGUAUUAACUUGAGGAUUUUCCUCACUGACAAUAAAUGGAGAUAAUCUCAGUUGCCAGUGCCCUGCAGCCUUGGGGCACUUUUCCCUCGACUAGGGCUGCCUUCUUCCCUGCCUCCAGCAUGCUUCGUGGCUGGGCAUCUCUGGUGGACCAGGACGGGAAUGUGGGCUGUCCAUGGCAGGGGCCAUGGUACUCACUGCCUGCCACCAGACUGGACCCCCCUCCUCUGCAGGGAGAGGUGGCUCCCACACCUGUGAAGUCCCUGUCGGUCUCCUAAAUAUGUGUGCUGGCCUGCAGUUGGGGUUACCAACUCCAGGGCCUUUCAGGGGCCAGGCAGGUAACACGUGAACUGGGCUGGGUAUAACUUGAGGGAUGGUUCUGUUCUGUCAAGCUCUUCUCCAUGUCUGGCGGUGGGGACUGGAUGAACUGGAGUAUCCAUCCCUGUGACAGCUAAAGGGUGAGGUUCUUCCUCACUUAAGUCAACUAUAGCUUGUGGGGAUGUGGGUCCAGUGUUGCCAGAUCUUUCCACUUUUUUCAAAAGAAGCUAGAAUUCCAGAUUGUGUGUGUGUAAUUUGUAAAUGUUGGCAACUAAUCUGCUAUAAAUCAAGGGUGGGCUAGAAGUAUGCUGGGGUUCUCUGGUGUGCUGCCUUGGGCCAUAUGAGGGGGCCUUGGAGGCAGAGGACGGCUGUCCGAGUCACGCUGUGCCCUCUGCCCUCAGGUUCUGGGGGACAGGCUUCUCAUGGAAUGUUCCUGAUCAGGCCCAUGAUCUGGCCUUCUCUGCUCAUCUGUUUGAGGCUGUAGGGCUGUGUUUAUUCUGCAUACCAAAACUUGGGUCACGUGGCCUGUAGGAUUAUAUGGAUCCUUCCAGGUGGGAGGAUUGGUUGAAAUUUCCAAAAUGUUUUGAUUUAUGGGGGCAGAAAAAUGACAGAAUACCAGAGCACGGAGGGCUCGUGGCUGUCAGAAGACAUGGCGAGUGCUGUGUGCCAGGCCCAGGGUCUGCUCUUGGGGCCACACGUCUCCUCGGCAGCCCUUUGCCAAGAGGCCUCACAGAUGAGCAGUCAGAGCUGAGGCUGUGGUGUUGCCCAAGCCCAGGAGCACAGGCUGGGGCUGGAACUGCAAAGCCAGGACUCUUUCCGUCUGGAUGCCUCCUACCCUUUGUGUUUCUGUGGGUUGUGGGUUUAGUGGAGAGACUGAAAGCUAACUUUUAAUCCUGAGUAGUCUUCUUACUAGUUGAAUGACCUUGGUGAUGGUGUCUUAGUGGGCCUUAGUUUAUGCAGGGGUAAGGAACCAUCACAGAGCUUUACUGAGAGCAUUAACAGAGAGUGAAAUUCAGGGCCUGGCCAAGGGGUACUCAGAAGCGUUGGUUCCUAUAUCCACUUGAAUAUGCAAACAGCUAGAAACCAUCUGUGCUUGAAAAAUUCUAACUCUUUGAACAAAUAAGCCUUAUCCCUCUAAAAACAAAACAGUGUAUGUAAUGAUUACAUUAAAUGUGUCUUACUGGCCAAUUAA